AUGUAUGUGUCGUUGGGCUUUGGGCCUGCCGAGUCCACGCCAGAUAGGCCCACGUUCGCCGAGUCCAAUUCACACUCGAGAUCCAAAGGAAAUGAACCGCAAAGCCCAACCCAACACCACCUCGCCGCCGCCGCCGCGUCUCCGCUUCCCCGGUCCCCAACGCCAGCCAAGUCUCCGACGGAAUCAAAGCGAACCCAACCAAUCCUAGGGUUCCCGUCCAAUCCCCGUCCAGUGGGGAAGGAGAAUUCCGCGGCAGCGGAGGGAGAAUCGCGGCCGGAGUGCAUCAACUCGUCGAACCCGUUCCACGAGUGCUCCGACUACUGCCUCCGCAAGAUUGCCGAGGCCAGGCAGCGCCUCGACGACGAGCUGCCCGACUCGUGGAAGCGCCCGCCCGAGGAGCGCACUGUCCACCCCGACUGCAUUAACGCCUCCAACCCAUACCACGAAUGCACCGAGUACUGUUUCAAGCGCAUCGCCGACGCCGAAUCUAGGUCGGAGCGUGGGGGCCAAGAACCGCCUGCUAUAGGUGCUGCCAAAUCUGAUGCCGCAGAGCAGCAGUCUGACGAUAAUGAUACUGAGGUGCAGGAAGACGCUGGCGCAGACGAUGGUUACCCGCAGAUGACAGAAAAGCAGAAGUUGUUCGAGCUACGGCUUAAGAUGAACGAAGCAAGGAAGGCAAAUUUGCAGGCAAUGGUUGCUGAAAAAAAGAGGAUGGAGCCUCGAGGUGAGAGUCGAGGUGUUUCUAAGAAGAAAUGGCUGGAGGAUAGGAAGAAGAAGAUCGGCAAGCUGCUUGACUCGAAUGGCCUUGAUUUGUCAAAGGCUUACGUGCUUGAUACACAGGAGACAGCCGAAGCGAAAUACAAGAAAUGGGAGAAGGAAUCCACACCAUAUGGAUGGGAUGGCGAGCUCAUCUCUUCACUUGUCUAGCAUCAACGUUUAUUUGAUUGUUUUCAAUCAAAAGACUUUGCAUGAUGCAUACAAAAAGAGGAUUAAGAACAUAGAGAUUGACAUGGAGGUGUAGAGUAAAGCAAAGGAAGGCGAUCCUGAAUUCUACCGUGACGCCUCAAGUCUCCAAUAUGGGAAGGUGUCCAAGGUCCACACAAAAUGGUCAGUGAACUCAAGGAGCAGGAAGAGAAGCGGAAAUCGUUCAGCAGGAGGUGCAAGUUCCAUGAAGACAAGGACAUUGACUCGAUCAACGACUGGAAUGAGCACUUUAACAAGAAGAUCGAGCGAGCCUUUGGCAAGUACACGCUUGAAAUUAAGAACAACCUGGAAAGAGGGACUCCCUUGCCAGAUCAAUACCUUCUGACGUUGCAGCUAACCACUCGACCAACAGGGAGUGGACCUGUCUUUUUUCUUCUUUCGCCUAAUUUCUUCUGUGCAUGUAACUUGUGGUCCACAGUUUGAUUCGGAAUUGUAUGAACCCCGGGACUUGGUUCUUAUGACGAGAGGCUGAUGCCAUGUAUAAACAGUUGUGUAUUUAUGUGAGCUGAAUGGCUUAUACUGCGUUGAGGCCUGUGUCCUUGACUGA